ACAGCUGGUCAGAAAAAACCAAGAAGAUUUUCCAAAAAAAUAAAGAAUGAGAGAGAGAGAGAGAGAGAGAGAGAGAGAGAGAGAGCAUGGUGGUGGUAUGCCAAUCAGGCAAUCACAUUUUUUGCUGUUGGGUUUCCUUAUCUGAUUGGAUUGGAUAACAAACCGUAUGGCCUAGGCCUCAUCCAAACCAAACCCACCCAAAAGUCCGAAACAACAGAAACAGAAGUAGAAGCAGAACACGGAAUGGCAUGUAAACGACACCAUUUGGGUACUCUGUCGUUUUAGCAAACACCCCAUCUGCAGUUUGCAGUUGCUCCUCAAUCUCUGGUUUUGGGGUUCAUGUCUAUUUCAUUUCCCAAUUACCCAUCUGCCUGCCUUUGCAACUGAUCUGAUAUAAAAAUAUUCACGGAUCCUCUUCCUUCAACAUCACAUUUUUGGCUUGUCUGUUUGUGAUGAACGGAAAAUGAAGAGCGGAAGAAAAAGUUACAAGUAGAGAAGAAAGGAGAUAAGAUCUGCUAAUAUAACAUAACAUUAUUGUUGAAGGAGUACGUUAUUAUGGCAGUCUCUAGAAAAACAGCUAUGGCUAUUAAGUCAUACCAAAAUCAGGCUCGGGCGCUGGCUAAGAACUACUUAUUAGCAGAUCCCUUUAUGCCUUACACUUGCAUCCUCGGAGGCAUACUAUUGUUCAAAGUGGGCUAUGAUCUUACCCAAUUAAUCAGUACCUUUUAUUUUAAGAGUUAUAAUGGUCUUACAAAAAUCCAACGAAUUGAGUGGAAUAAUCGCGGUAUCUCCACAAUUCAUGCUAUUUUUAUCACAGUUAUUUCCUUGUAUUUUGUGUUCUGGUCAGAUCUCUUUUCUGACCAGCGGGUUGCUGGCCUUGUUACAUUUCGAAGCUCACCUCUGUCAGUUUUUGCCCUGGGGGUCUCUGUUGGAUACUUUCUUGCAGAUCUUGGAAUGAUUUUUUGGCUCUAUCCUUCUUUAGGUGGAAUGGAGUAUAUUAUCCAUCACUCCCUUUCUGGAGUUGCAGUAGCUUAUUCUAUGUUUUCUGGAGAAGGGCAACUUUAUACAUUCAUGAUCCUCAUCUCUGAGGUUACUACUCCAGAGGUCAAUAUGAGAUGGUAUCUUGAUACGGCUGGUCUGAAGAGGUCUAACGCAUAUCUCAUCAAUGGCAUACUGAUAUUUUUUGCAUGGCUCGCUGCAAGAAUUCUGCUGUUUGGUUAUGUGUUUUACCACGUUUACUUACACUAUGAUCAGGUGAUCCAAAUGCACGCCUUCGGAUAUUUCUUGGUCUUUGUGGUGCCUUCGGUGCUAGCUAUCAUGAACUUAAUGUGGUUUGGGAAGAUUCUUAUGGGAUUGAAGAAGACAUUAGCAAAGCGGCAGUGAAGGAUAUUGUUACACAUUUCAAUCUAAUUUCUGUGACUUAAUGCUCGUUCCAUUUUUCCUGUGGAUUAUUCUAUUUUAGUCACUAUACAAAUGAUAGAGGCGGGGAAAAAAAGAAAAGAAAAUUGAAUGCAUUCUAAUCUUCUCAAUUGAGGGAAAACCAAAAACAAAUUUGUUGUAUAUGAUUCGAGUUGUACAAAUCAUAGUCUUUAUAUACAGUUUAUUACUGGAAAUUAUUAACAGAAGAUGAUCAAACAUCCAAUUUUGCUGUGAA